AUGUACGACAACAAAGCAUUGUGCGACAUUUGCCACCACACUCUGGACAUCGAGCGUCCUACGUACACGAAGCUGAACAUGCUGCUGGCGCAGAUCUUCUUCUCGCUGACUGUGUCGCCGCGCAACGCCCCGAACGUGGACAUCGCCGAGUUCCAGACCAAUUUGGUGCCCUACCCGUGCAUCCACUUCACGCUCUCGAGCUAUUCGCGCGGGGAUUCUGCGGAGAUGGCGCACCGAGUGCAGCUGUCAGUGGAGGGCAUCACCAUGUCCGUUUUCGAGCCCGCAGCCGCGUGCGGGAAUUGUGACCAUAGUUACGGCAAGUGCGUGGCGUUUGGCAUGAUGUACCGCGGGGAUAUGUAA